ACAACAAGUUUGAGGAAUUAACAACACCAUGUCUUUUCUUCGACCUUACGGUAAGGUCGAUGAAACCGACCAAUUGAGGCUCGACGCUAGACGGAGGACUCGUAGGAGGAUUGUUGUCAUUGUUUUAUCCUCUGUUGUUCUCGUUGCUGUUGUUGUUGCUGUUGUUUUUGGUACUAGAAAUGCUUCUAAUAACAAUGAUGACAGUAACAAUCAAAAUGGUUCUCUUUCAACUUCAAUCAAAGCAGUUUGUGAUGUGACAUUGUAUCCUGAUACAUGUCAAAAGGCUUUUGGUCCAAUAGCUAACUCGAGCCACCUCGAUCCCGGUCAAAUAUCGAAGCUUUCGGUUCAAUUGGCUCUUGGUGAAUUAUCAAAAGUGGCUGACUACAUUUUUGAUCAUGCUAUUACCAAAACAGCUGACAACAAGACCAUAUUGGCUUUGAAAAAUUGUCAUGAACUUUUGGACUUAGCUUUGGAUCAUUUGAAUAUCUCAUUGUCUUCUAGUGAUAUUACGUUACUGAAAGCUGUGGAUGAUUUGAAAACAUGGAUAACUUCAGCAGCCACUUACCAACAGACUUGCAUCGAUGAUCUUGCCGAAGUUGAUCCUGCUUUGGCAGACCUCGUUGCAAAUUUCUUGAAGAACUCCACUGAGUUGACUAGUAAUGGACUUGCCAUUGUAUCGUUCUUUUCGAAGCUAACGGAUUCUUUAAGUCUACGACGAUUGAUGAGUUAUGAAAACCAUCAAAGCAAUGGAGAUUGGGCACGUCCAAUCCUCCGAAAGCUGGCUCAAAGUGAUAUCAGGAAGCAUGCUGACAUUGUUGUAGCGAAAGACCGUUCGGGGAAGUACAAAACAAUCACUGAAGCUCUCGGGGCUGUUCCUGAUAAGAGCAAGAAGAGAACUGUAAUUUAUGUGAAGAAGGGAAUUUACAAGGAGAACGUUGAAGUUGUGAAGAACAAAUGGAAUGUGGUUAUGGUUGGUGAUGGAAUGACUGCAACCAUAGUAAGUGGCAACCUUAAUGUCGUAGAUGGAACACCAACAUUUUCAACUGCAACAUUUGCUGCAAAGGGAAAAGGCUUCAUUGCUAUAGACAUGGGAUUCAUAAACACGGCUGGACCGAGCAAACACCAAGCAGUCGCUCUGAUGUCGACAUCUGACCAAUCGAUCUUCUACCGUUGUGAAAUGAAUGCAUACCAAGACACUCUCUACGCACACUCCAACCGUCAAUUCUACCGUGAAUGUAAGGUUUACGGCACAGUCGAUUUCAUCUUUGGAAACUCAGCAGUAGUCCUACAAAACUGCACCAUUGCACCAAGGUUGCCUCUUUUAGGCCAAAAGAACACAAUCACUGCUCAAGGCAGGUUUGAUCCUAAUCAAAACACUGGCAUUUCGAUACAAGGUUCUUUGAUCCAACCGUUCAACGACUUGAAAACUACCGAAACUUACCUCGGUCGUCCAUGGAAGAACUACUCGACAACCGUGUUUAUGCAAAGUAAUUUGGGGAGGUUGAUUCACCCAACUGGUUGGCUGCCAUGGAUUGGAACAUCAGCACCAGACACCAUAUUCUAUGCAGAGUUUCAAAACUAUGGCCCUGGUUCUUCCACAUCCAAAAGAGUUAAAUGGAAGGGUGUCAAGAACAUUGACACUAAAACUGCCAAAAAGUUCACAGUUUCUUCCUUCAUUGAUGGUAAAGAUUGGAUCUCAAAGGCACAAGUUCCCUUCACUGCCACUCUCUGAUUUUGAUUUGAUGAAAGCUUCAUGGAGCUUCUUCUCAUUGCCACCAAGUGCUUUUGUAUCUUCAAACUUAUGUUGUUUCUUUUUCUAUUUUGCUUUAUAUUGUUGACUUUUUCUUACACUUUCUUUAACUAUUUGAUUGAUUGGUUUUGUCAUAAGAACAUAUACUGAGAAAGUUCUGUCCACUUUUAGGAUUGAGCUUGAAACUUUGAAUGUUUAUGAGGUUUCUUAAGUUACAUCCAAGUGUAAUAGAGCCUUCACUUCCCUUUUAAGGUCCUUUUCAUUUCAUUCUU